AUGGAAUCAAAGGACAGGCAGGGGCCCCGGGAUCCCCAGCGCACAGUCCUGGUCCCGGCGGUGGGGGAGGCUGGUCCCAGCACUCAGAGGGCCCCAGUGCCCAAGGCUGGCUGCCCCGGGCAGACGGGGUGGCUCUGCCCGCAGAGCUCAGAGGGGGCUGAAGGCUGGGAGGGCACAGAGGCCAGGGAGGCCGGGACCUGUGCCCCGGGAGGCUGCAUACGGAACGGGCGCUGGAAGUGGUCCGGAGUCAGGGACGGGGGUCCUCUACCCCGCUCACCCUCCUGCCGCCGGGCAGCCCAGGACGGCUCUGAGCCAGUUUCCCCAUCUGUGAAAUGGGCGAAUAACUGGGCCCUCCUGCUGGGCUGUCGUGAGGUGACCUGUCAGGGGCCUGGGGGACACGGAGCCACGGGCCAGCCGGUGACAGCAGCGCUGCGGGGCCGGUGGGCCGUCCCUGCCCAGGAGCCCCCGCUGUGCUCCGCUCCCCAGCACACCCAGCAGGAGCGCCAUUCCAGGAGGACGGAGGGUCCGGAGGGGAGGCAGGGCGAGGCUCAGCGCCGCAAGGCCAGGGGGACGCGCUCCCCGCCGUCCGGGGCCUGUGCUCUGACACCCUCCGGCCCCACCCCAAGAAAGGGGCUGGUCCACGGGGCGGAGGGCGGAGGGCGGAGGGUCCUCGGGAAUAGCCCCUGGUUGUCGGGCCGGGACUGCGAGAACGGCGGAGGGCGCGCACUCGGCACUUGGCCUCAGAAACAAGCUCGAAGCCAUGACGAGGAAGGGCGCCCCGUGACUCAUAGGCCGUGGGUCCUAAUCGCAGGCCUACGCCGACGCCCAGAACCAACACAGGCGGUGUGCGUCUUCCUCGGCUGCGAUGAGCACGGGCAGCUCUUCCGUCUCUGUCCUCCCGGGCUGACGCUCGCGUCCACAAGACCGGACGAUCCGUGCAAAGUCACAGGCGGUGUGGAGCCGCCGCAGACCUUGGGUCCCCAAAGCAGGCGGGGAGCUGGGGGUGACUGGGGCAAGCGGUGUGCUUGCAGGCGGUCCCAGGCCCCCGAGGAAGACACGGGAGAGCGCGUCUGGAGGAGGAAGGCUCUGCAAGGUGAGGUGGAGCAGACACAUGGAAGGUGUGGGACUCCCACGUGCACAGCACCACCAUCAUGCAGGUGCACAGCGGGAACAGCAGCCACGAGAAGCAGCCCACGUCCCUGGACACACCUGUCCCAGGCCCGCCCUCUCCUCAGGGGAGCCACUCUCCUAACUGCUGAGUUCUCGUCCCCCUCUUUGAACUUUAUUUAAAAAGAACCACCCCAAAUGUCUUCUUUCAAGUCAGAUUCCUUCAUUAUGCUUGUAGACUCAUGUACAUUAUUCGAGCACGUAUAACAAUGACGUAUAUCCAUAUGUAUACACACAAUGUCAUCUGCUCUUUAUCCACCCCAUGGCUGAUGCAGAGUCGCUUCCAGUUUGGUGACAGGCGCAGCAGCCCUGCUCUGAACACCCCGUGCAAACAUGGGUGCUGCGUGCCAGGUGCGUCCCUUGCGGAGGGCGUGUCGGCUCACAGAGGGUGUGUGUGUCUGUCCUCAGCGAGUCCUUCCACGGCGUUCGCAUAGCCGGCCCGCCCGGCCAUGCAGAGGGCUCUCGCCACCCCGCCUGCACAUACACUGGUCCAGCUAGGGGCUCUGACUUGCCCCACUGCGGUGCGUCCUGGGAUGCUGGGCGGUACUGACUUCGUCUUCCUUCGGAACAGUGAUGUGGGGCACCUAUUCAGGUGCUUAGUCCCACUUGGGCAUCUUUUUGGGAAGUGCCUCGUCCAGUCUUUGCCCAUCCUUUUCUCAUGGACUGACUUUCUUACCUUCAUGGGCGCUAGUUACCUAUCCUAGAUGAGGGUCCCUCUCAGAUUAGUAGACAGCAAGUGCUUCUUGGGCACACUCCUGACACACCAUCCAGCCACUGAGCUCCACGGUAUUUUUCCAAGGGUUGAAAAUUGAUGUCCACCCAGAAACCUGCACAAGAAAGGUUAAGGUAGCUUUGCCCCAGUGCAAAGACCCUAAAUGUCCUCCAUAGGUGAGGGUAGAAAACCCCGGUCCAUUCAGA